AUGGCAUCUAACCACGGCGAGGCUUCGUCCAUGAAGCAGGCGGCGAACACUGAAGAUCUGAUUGCACUUGCCAAGUCAGCGCUUGCGGAGACGGAGGAGAAGCAACUCGCUGCUCUAGAUGGUGGUGCGCAACUGCCUUUUGGCUAUGGCACCCAGCCCGGCGACACUCUCGAUCUGAGCGACAAGGGUGUACGGGUGUUGCCUGUCGAAUUGAUCAAUCUGAUCAAAGAGCGGGUGGAGAGGCUCUCGCUCGGACACAAUCGACUUACUGAAAUACCUGCCGAUCUUAUCUUUUGUUCCAAUCUGCUGUAUCUGAACCUUCGUCACAACAAACUCAAUGCCUUUCCAGAACCGGUCUUCCAUCUUAGGAAACUCCAGAUCCUGGAUCUCAGUCACAACAACAUCACUUCAGUCCCGGAUGAUGUUGGCCUUAUGUAUUCACUCAUGUUCUUGGCAAUCGAAUCGAAUCAGAUCAAACGUCUGCCGAUAUGCAUGGGCGAAAUGUCGCGUUUGCAGAAGCUGAAAGUCGGAUCCAAAUCAAUGGAGUUUCCACCACCGGAAGUGUUCAUUCCCAAUCCUCUCGGCACAUCACCAGGUGGACCUCUAGUGGAAGAGGCACGUCAAGUGUGUUCGCAGGUCAAACUGUUUCUCCGCGAAUACAAACAACGCGAGAUCUUGGGGAGAGAGACUCCAGACUUCAACGAGACUAGCCUGGAGACUCCACGCCCUCCCAAGAGGUCGAUAUCUGGCAGAUUUCCUGUGAGACCGAGCAUGAGUGGCAUCGAUGGGCUUGAUACACUUAGAUCGGGUGACGGACUCGGCCUGAAACCACCACCACCGAUACCGCAAAAGUCUCGUGCUAGGGACUCUCUCAUCAAUCCUCCAGUAGGUCGCCGGUUCGAUCGUCCAGGCAUCGGACCUCUUGCUGCUGAAGGUGAGAACGGUAGAAGCCGAAGCGAAACUGUCACCUCUACUGGUGCGCGAUCCAAACGACUUGGCUAUGUUCCUCGCAAAAUCUCUGGAAGCUCGCAUACAACAGUGACAGAAACUGGUACGCUAAAAGCCUACCAUCACAGAGGAGCUUCGAGCUUGAGUCUUGCUGCCCACAGUGGCAAUGAAUCGUCUUCUGGAGCAGUCAGUCCUAUGGAACCUUCGAACCGUAUGGUAGUAGCUCGCCGUCGAUUGUCCAGUCUGCCGGAAGACCGCCGAGUAUCGAGACCAACCAGCAUGACUGUCAAACUUGCAACCAGAAUUUGUUUUGCUUUAUUCCAGCUGAAUGGUCCCAUUGGCGACGCGGUACGAGUCAUUAAGAGUGGAACGCCCAGAAAAACGACAAUGGAACGAAUUUUCUUCGAAUCAAGUGCGAGUCUUGAAGAGCUGGACAGACGGCUGAGUCAGAUUUCCAAUGGAACUGGAGAAAGCAGAGCAUCAGAAAACGACCCCUGGAUCCAAGCAAUCCGCAGAAAGUGUGCCCAUGUUCUCCAAAGCUAUGCCACCCUCGCUGCAGAGCUCCGUCUUCAUGCUCGCAAGAUUGCACUGCGUGGUGAAGGCAUGUACAUUAGAAGUCUCAUGCUUCACAUCUAUGGCACUCUGGUCGAGAUUCGUAAUACCCUGACGUUCCAGGCUACAGAAGUCAAGGCACCAACAAGAAGUGCUCGUGGAUCAAUGGCGACCGUCAGUCGAUCUAGCACACCCACCCAGCCCAAGCCAAUUGCUCCGAAGAAGAGGCUACGAGGCGCCACUAUACUACAGCCUUCACGCCUGACAACUCCUGGAACCGCUCCUCCGCCUGUCCCUCUCAGCACGAGUCGAAGCAAUACCAUGACGAGUAUGAGUGCUGUAACGCCACGAUCGGGAGAGUCGUUCUCGUCAGCCUCUGGUAUACCACGAUCCAGCGCAAUUCAGCCACCAAGCGAGGAGAGCGAAGAGCAACGUCAGUUCGAGUCGAUCUUCUUGAAGCUUCAAGGCGCCUGCGAACUUGCAGCCCAAACACUCCCUGGUUGCAGGGUCGACUUCUAUAGCCGAAACGAGUCGGCGAAACGAGGGAUGCAAGGAUCCAUAUCACGUCUCUGGUGGUUGGCUCUACAAAAGUGUGAUGUCGCAAUCAAUGCUUUGGAGUCGAUGAGAAACCGGCUAUCCAAGGUCAAACUCAAGGAUCCUAAUCUGCGUACACAGCGAGACUUCUGGCUGUUGUGCGAUAAGUUCGUGCGAGUAAAACUANNGACAUGGUUGGAUCUCGCUCUUGAGAUCAGAAAUAUUGGGAAUCAAGGCUACGACACGGACUCGGUGAAGGUAGUCAUGCGACCAGUGCAAAAGGCCGUCAAGGAGGUCAGUAUUGCGGUCAACGGAUCCCAGCUCUACCAGGCAGCGCUCCGAUCAAAUUCGGUGUCUGGAUAUGUGACACCAGUCCCGGCAACUCCAUUGAGCGCAGCACUUGGACCAGCGGCGCUCGCGACGGUGCCUUCGACGCCAAGCUCGGUGGUGUUGCCCUCCGAGUACAUUGCUUCAGGCUUGCAGAGUGCGGCCGAGAGGCAGUCAGAUGCUCCGAGUCUGCGCAGCUAUCCUCGAGGACGGGGAGUGUAA